AUGGCAUCAGACAUACCUGGUUCGGUGACAUUGCCGGUGGCACCUAUGGCAGCAGGUCAAGUGAGAAUGGCAGGAUCCAUGCCUGCUAGAGGAGGAAAGAGACGCUCAGGAAUGGACUUUGACGAUGAAGAUGGUGAAGGGCCAAGCAAAUUUUCAAGGGCGGCAGCUGCAGAAGGCCCUGGUCAGAUGAGCGAAGCUGUCGUGGCGGAGCAUUCAAGGAGAGGCGGUCCUGCAGAUAUGAGGGUCCAAGACCAGGAGAACCACAGUGAGAUUGAGAGACGCAGGAGGAACAAGAUGACACAGUACAUCACUGAGCUGUCUGACAUGGUGCCCACCUGCAGCGCCUUGGCACGUAAGCCUGACAAGCUGACCAUUCUGCGCAUGGCUGUCUCGCACAUGAAGUCUAUGAGGGGCACAGGGAACAAGUCAACCGAUGGGGCCUACAAGCCUUCUUUCCUGACUGAGCAGGAACUGAAGCACCUCAUCCUUGAAGCUGCGGAUGGUUUCCUUUUUGUCGUUGCUGCUGAAACUGGCAGGGUGAUCUAUGUGUCUGAUUCAGUCACUCCUGUCCUGAACCAGCCCCAGUCGGAGUGGUUUGGCAGCACCCUCUAUGAGCAGGUUCAUCCUGAUGAUGUGGAGAAACUUAGGGAGCAGCUUUGUACAUCGGAGAAUUCCAUGACAGGGAGGAUUUUGGAUUUGAAGACAGGGACAGUGAAGAAAGAGGGCCAGCAAUCAUCCAUGAGAAUGUGUAUGGGAUCGAGACGUUCUUUCAUUUGCCGGAUGAGGUGUGGAAAUGCCCCCUUAGAUCAUUUGCCUCUGAACAGAAUAACCACCAUGAGGAAAAGAUACAGGAAUGGUCUUGGCCCAGUGAAGGAAGGAGAAGCGCAAUACGCUGUGGUUCACUGCACUGGUUACAUCAAAGCCUGGCCUCCGGCAGGAAUGACCAUUCCAGAAGAAGAUGCGGAUGUGAGUCAAGGCAGCAAAUAUUGUCUGGUGGCAAUAGGGAGGCUUCAGGUUACCAGCUCCCCAGUCUGCAUGGAUAUGAAUGGGAUUUCCGUCCCCACAGAAUUUUUGUCCCGACAUAACUCAGAUGGAAUCAUCACCUUUGUUGAUCCAAGAUGCAUCAGUGUUAUUGGUUACCAGCCACAGGACCUUUUGGGGAAAGACAUUUUAGAAUUCUGCCAUCCAGAAGAUCAAAGCCAUUUGAGAGAGAGCUUCCAACAGGUUGUUAAGCUUAAAGGUCAGGUCCUUUCUGUGAUGUAUCGUUUCCGUACCAAAAACCGGGAAUGGAUGUUAAUCCGGACCAGCAGCUUCACAUUCCAAAACCCUUAUUCAGAUGAGAUCGAGUACAUCAUCUGCACCAACACUAACGUCAAGCAACUUCAGCAGCAGCAGGCAGAGCUUGAAGUCCACCAGAGAGACGGGCUGUCGUCGUAUGACUUAUCUCAGGUACCUGUUCCAGCUAUACAAUCAAAUGUUCAUGAGAGCGGGAAGCCUGUUGAGAAGCCAGAUGCCAUCUUCUCCCAGGAGAGGGAUCCAAGGUUUGCUGAGAUGUUUGCUGGCAUAACGACUUCAGAUAAAAAGAUGAUGCCUUCACCAUCCACAGCAGGAAACCAGCAGAUCUAUUCCCAAGGGAGCCCUUUCCAGCCAGGACAUUCUGGGAAAUCUUUCAGUUCCUCUGUAGUCCACGUGCCUGGCGUCAAUGACAUUCAGUCCUCCUCUUCAACAGGCCAGAAUCUGACGCAGAUCUCUCGCCAGCUAAAUCAGAGUCAAGUGGCCUGGACAGGAAGUCGUCCUCCAUUCCCAGGACAGCAACUUCCUUCACAGUCUAGCAAGGCUCAGUCUUCGCCCUUUGGGAUUGGAACCAGCCAUACUUACCCUGCUGACCCGGCAUCCUACAGUCCUCUCUCCAGUCCUGCCACCUCUUCUCCAAGUGGAAAUGCAUAUUCCAGCCUAGCCAACAGAACUGCAGGGUUUGCCGAGAGCAGUCAAAGCAGCAGCCAAUUCCAAGGAAGGCCUUCGGAGGUCUGGUCCCAGUGGCAAAGCCAGCACCAUAACCAGCAAAACAGUGAACAGCACCCUCACCAGCAAACCAGCCAGACAGAAGUGUUCCAGGAUAUGCUGCCCAUUCCAGGGGAUCCAACCCAGGGGACAGGCAAUUACAACAUUGAAGACUUUGCUGACCUAGGCAUGUUUCCUCCAUUUUCUGAGUAAAGUAUGUAGCCAGAUAACCUGUGAAAUGACAUUCUGGGUUAAAAAAAACCCAAGAAAAUAAACCACCUAGUUUUGGGCUCUG